UGUCUAGAGCAGGACAUGGACAGAAAGAAAGCCGUCUUCAAAGCUGACAGAGCAAUUGGGGUCAGUGGAAGGGAAGUGUUUGAGUUCAGACCUGAGCUUGUUGACGAUGACGAUGAGGAGGCUGAUGAUACUAAAUAUUCUGAUGAUGAUGACACUGAGGUUUCUAACGAGAUGGAGAACGCAGAGGAGGUUCAGGACAUUGACAUUGCUAGAUUUAUCCCUAAAGAGGUGGAUUAUGCAGGUAUAACGGUGGCAGCGGCUGACAGGUUCACUGCCAAAGCUCCUACAACAAAUGACACGGAUGACAAUAAAUUGAGCGAGGCGUCAGGCGGAGCUGUAGAGAAUGGAGAGCUUGGCCAGGACCAGACGCUGGAGGAUGGAGAAACUAAUGAGGAGGAGUCAGAGGCGGUGCCAGUAGAUGAGAACCUCUUCACCGGGGAGGAUCUAGACGAACUUGAGGAGGAGCUCAACACACUGGACCUGGAUGAGUGAAGACUGGGACUGUGCGUUAUUCAUGAACUACACAUGGCUUGAUGUGAAAGACAAUAUUUUCACAAAUAAAUACCACCAGAAUUGCCAUGUCAUAAACCGCUCUGCCUGCCACAUGCACCCUCAUCACUUGAUGUCCUGGGAUGCUACAGGAGAGAGUGGAUGUGGCUCUUGAUCUCUCUCUGAUGUAUUAUUAUUAUUUUGUUGCCCUUUUUCCAUUUUUUUUAAAUUGCAGUCUACCCCAAAAGCACAGUCAGGUGAGGGUUUGGUUCUUCAGC